ACGUUCCUCUGUGUCAAGGGUCACGCGCGCUCUGUCUACUUCCUUUCCUGUUACCGUCAGCCGCUGAAAGCCAUCAACAUGGGCAAAUUCAUGAAACCUGGGAAGGUGGUGAUGGUCCUGGCUGGACGUUACGCCGGACGCAAAGCCGUCAUCGUCAAGAAUAUUGAUGACGGCACUGCUGACCGGCCUUACAGCCACGCCCUGGUUUCGGGUAUCGACCGUUACCCCCGUAAAGUCACUGCCACCAUGGGGAAGAAGAAGGUGGCCAAGAGGUCCAAGAUUAAGGCCUUCGUUAAGGUGUACAACUACAACCACCUGAUGCCAACCAGGUACUCAGUUGACAUUCCUCUGGACAAAACCGUCGUCAACAAGGACGUGUUCAGGGAUCCUGCUCUGAAACGCAAAGCCAGAAGGGAGGCCAAGGUCAAGUUUGAGGAGAGAUACAAGACCGGCAAGAACAAAUGGUUCUUCCAGAAGCUCCGAUUCUAAGCGUUCAAUGGUUUCUCUAAUAAAGCUGUAAAAAUCC